CUGAGAAAGCUAGGGGACCAGCAGAGAAGGCACGAACCAAUGAGAGAACUGGAGAAGAAGAGAAAGGUGUGUGACAACCAGGCAAGGAAAGCAAGGAGAGAGGCGAGCAGGUGGAAGGAGGCAGCCGAGACAGAGCAAGUGCCAAGAGCAGGGGAGAAGCAAGGAAAAGAGUAGAAAGAACCAAGGUGAUGGUCAAAGAGAGUGAAGAAGUGGAGACGAAAAGGCAGUCACCUAUGUAGGGGAGGGGGAGAGUAGAGAAGUGCAAGGCAAGGGAGUAGCACAAGUGAGUGGUCAGGAGCAUCCAGGCUGUGUAUAUCUCUAGCUGUGUAUUCACAGCAUACACAUGGAUGCUGAACGCAGGUGAGUGUACGUCUCAAGACUCAGCCACUGAGCAAAAUGCAGCUAACGCAAUGCUGCUUUAUAUUCCUGGUUCAAGGCAGCAUCUAUCUGGUGAUCUGUGGCCAAGAAGAUUCUUCUACUGACCCAGAUGAUGAAGACCAGACAGAUACAAAAUCCCAUUCCAGGCCUCGAAUUCCUAGGAGACGGUCUUCUUCUCCAUCCCGGUCUCGUAACUCAAGCCCCUUGAACUCCACUAUCCUUCAACUUCUCUCCAACUCUCCGGAAUUCUGGGAUGUCCUGAACAGCCUUUCAGAGCUGGGUCAUAAUUCAGAACCCCCAAUACCAGCUCGGAUUCGACGUCAGUCUGUACUAAGGUCAACAGGAAGAGCCAAGAAAGUCUUUGGUUGGGGGGACUUCUAUUCCAAUAUCAAGACAGUAAAGCUCAACCUUCUCAUCACAGGAAAAGUGGUGGAUCAUGGGAACGGGUCCUUCAGUGUCUACUUUCUCCACAAUUCUACAGGCCAGGGGAAUGUUUCUGUCAGUCUUGUCCCACCAUCUAAAGUCCUUGAUUUUGAUUUGGAGCAGCAGAUGUAUGCAGAAGCAAAGGAAUCAAAAAUCUUUAAUUGUCGAGUGGAAUUUGAAAAAGUAGAUAAAGCAAUUAAGACAGGUUUAUGUCCUCACGACCCGUCAAAGACCUGCCACCAACAGCAAACUCGUAGCAAGGUCUCAUGGACAUGCUCUCACCCAUUCAAGAUUGUUUGUGUUUAUGUCUCAUUUUACACAACAGAUUAUAGACUAGUGCAGAAGGUCUGCCCGGACUAUAACUAUCACAGCAGCUCUCCAUACUCACCCUCGGGCUAAAGAUGACAAAAAAUUGAGCUCACAGCUGUGGAAUGGCCUAUAUUGGUCUAACUUUGGGUCUACCUUUUAUGGACUUCCUGUGCCUUGGUCUGGUCCAUUGUGGUGUAUGUAUUUGUGGAGACAGUGGGCAGAAAGCUAUGUAAGUGAUGUGUUGGAUGUGAAAUUUAAACCACUUCAAUAUACACACAAAUAUAAAUUCUAUAUUGUUAUCUCCCUAUAAAAUGAACUCAUAGAUUCACCUGGACACCGAAAAAGUUGUGGUCUUGAGGCCUAACUAUGUCUCUGAAUACUAUAUCUUCUGAAAACCCUACUAGAAAGAUUUAGGGUAACACCCAAAAAUCUAGAAGUGAGGUUUCAAACAUUAAAGUAAAGUUAAAGUAACAGCUGACUGCAAGUUAUCUUGUCCAUCCAUCAUAGCAAAUAUCUUAUAUCUUGUGUAUGACCAUUUGGCCAAUUUGCAAGUUGUGACUCCGUUUUAUUAUCACUGUUGUUUACCAUCAUCUGACCAUCUUGUAGUUCAGUAUUGUCUGUGUAUCUACAUCAUGAGGGUUGCCUUAAUGUGUAGUGAAAAAACUCAUAUCCUACAACUAUGGAGACUAUAGAACUUUAUAAAGGCACAAAAACAUACAAUCAUCAUACAAGUAGAAGCCACCAAAACUGUAAACUUCCCAUUCAACAAGUGAUCGAAAGCAGUGGUAAUAUCGAGAGGCUGGCAAGAAAUACAUAUUGUAAAAUAAAA